AUGUACAACAGUCAUUCCGAUAUCUGGGUUGCCGGCGCCUUCGCUGCGGUCGUAGUCGAUUUCAUCGUUUACCCUUUUGACACCCUCAAAACCCGCAUCCAGUCACCAAAUUAUGAGAAGGUCUUUAAGAAUGCGCGUACAGGAGGGGUCCAGCGCGAUGUGCUCUUCCGAGGAUUAUACCAAGGUGUAUGGAGCGUGGUAUUCUCGACGAUUCCAUCCUCUGGGGCAUUCUUCACAACAUACGAAGCCGUGAAGAGCAUCAUGUACAAUUCUUCGACCAUGAACACCUCCAGCAUACACCAUGGUCGAACGCCACAUACCGAACGUUCUCUGAACAGUCUUCGCUUGCCAUUUACACAUUCCCUUCCUACUCCUAUCAUGCAUGGAAUUGCCUCCUCGGCCGGAGAGAUGGUAUCAUGCCUCAUGCUCACCCCGGCAGAGGUUCUAAAGCAAAAUGCGCAGAUGAUACAGAGCCCUGGGGCCGGCCACCACAACAACCAUCGUUCAACCGAAGGGAACAGAUCCGCCAUGCGCCAAGUACUCUCCCGAUUUAAACAUCGCCCGUGGCGCCUCUGGAGUGGAUAUACCGCACUGGUUGGUCGAAACCUUCCGACAACAGCUUUACAAUUUCCGCUUUUUGAAUACGUACGAUCACGUCUGAUCGACCGAUGGAGGAAGCGGAAAGCCGCUCGCAACAACGACGGUCGACCGCCAUCGCAACAGUCGGAUCAGCUGGUUGAACGGGCCGGUCUGACGGGUCUCGCGGCGGCAAUUUCGGGCCCAGUCGCGUCGACGGUGACUACCCCAAUUGAUGUGAUCAAAACUCGGGUCAUGCUCUCCGCCAGCGACUCCGGCACUCAGGCUGAGACUCGUGGAAGCAAAGAUGUACUUCCAGCGGCACAGAAGAGCAAAUCGGGUCAAUCUCCUAUUGCUGUCGGUCGUGAUAUCAUACGCCAUGAAGGCAUCCGCGGUCUCUUCAAGGGUGGGCUGAUCCGUGCUGGGUGGACGGCGGUGGCAUUAGGCUUGUAUCUCAGCCUGUAUGAAGGAGGCCGGUUCUAUCUGGAGAAUCGGCGAAAGGAGCGUGACGGCGUCGGCCAGGGAUUUGGGAAACAGGGUUAUGACGGCGAAAAGGGCAUUUAA